CACGAGGCGCCCGCCAAUGGGCGCCCAGGGCUCGGCCAGGAGGGUCCCGCCUCCCGGGGGGCUCCUCCCCUUCCCCGACGCAGGCUCCUCCCCUUCCCCCGCAGAGGCUCCUCCCCCUCCUCCGGGGAUGCGCCCCUCACGGCAGCGGCGGCGGAGGCAGGCGCUCCAUCCGGGUGGCCAGGCGGCGAGGGCGCGGAGGGCGAGCGAUCCCGGGCCCGGGCGGGCCUAGCGGGGAGGCGGCCCUCCCUGGUUCCCUCCCUGCCUGCACGGCGAGGAUGAUGGCGGCGACGGCAGCCGAGGAGCCUCAGCAGCAAGCGCCAGCCCCAGCGCCAUCCCCGAGCGAGGGCCCCGUGGCUGCCGGGGGGCCUUCCCCUCCGUCGGGGGGCCUGCUCCCGGCCCUGGUGCCCGGCCUGCAGGGGACCGAGGCCAGCGCGCUGCAGCACAAGAUCAAGAGCUCCAUCUGCAAAACUGUACAAUCGAAAGUGGACUGCAUUUUGCAAGAAGUUGAGAAGUUUACAGAUUUACAGAAACUCUACCUCUACCUUCAACUGCCUUCUGGACCCAGCAAUGGGGAGAAAAGCGACCAGCUGUCGGUGUCGUCCAGCCGGGCCCAACAGGUGCAUGCCUUCUCCUGGAUCCGGAACACCUUGGAGGAGCACCCCGAGACCUCCCUCCCCAAACAGGAGGUCUACGAUGAGUACAAGAGCUAUUGCGACAAUCUUGGCUACCACCCAUUAAGUGCCGCCGAUUUUGGGAAGAUCAUGAAAAACGUCUUCCCCAACAUGAAGGCCCGUCGCCUGGGUACCCGAGGCAAAUCCAAGUAUUGCUACAGCGGACUCCGGAAGAAAGCCUUUGUGCAGAUGCCGACGCUUCCCAAUCUGGACUUUCAUAAAAUAGGAGAUGGGCUGGACGGAGCGGAGGCCUCUGGGCAGCUGCAGAGUGUGGACGAGGAGGUGGUGUCGGCGGCCUGCCAGCUGGUCUGCGAAUGGGCCCAGAAGGUGCUGAGCCAGCCCUUCGACACCGUCCUGGACCUCUCCCGCUUCCUGGUCAAGAGCCACUACAUCGGCACCAAGUCCAUGGCCGCCUUGACCGUGAUGGCGGGGGCCCCGGCAGGAAUCAAAGGGAUCCCUCCGGCAGCGUCCGCCUUCAUCCCGACGGCAGAGAGCCACGCCUUCCAGCCGCAGGUGAAGACCCUGCCUUCCCCCAUCGACGCCAAGCAGCAGCUCCAGCGCAAGAUCCAGAAGAAGCAGCAGGAGCAGAAGCUGCAGUCGCCUUUGCCGGGGGAGUCUCCCGGGGGGAAGAGGGCCGAGGGGCCGGGGCCCGCCAGCAACGGGGUCCCCAGCCUCUCCAACGGCAGCCCGGCCAUCCUGUCCCCGCAGCCCAUCGGGAUCGUGGUGGCCGCCGUCCCCAGUCCCAUCACGGUGCCCAGGACCCGCCAGCUGGUGACCUCCCCCAGCCCCGUGGGCUCCUCCGAGGGCAAGGUCCUCCCACUCAACGUCCAGGUGGUCACUCAGCACAUGCAGUCGGUCAAGCAGUCACCCAAGACCCCGCAGAAUGUGCCCGCCAGCCCCGUGGGCGACCGCUCAGCUCGCCACCGCUACCCGCAGAUUCUGCCCAAGCCGGCCGGCUCCGGGCCCCUCACCAUCCGCUCCCCGACCACCGUGCUUUUCACAAGCAGCCCCAUCAAGACCACCGUGGUCCCCGCCCAGCACAUGAAUGUGGUCAAGAUGACCGCCAUCUCCCUCGCCCCCACCAGCACCAGCGGCACAACGGUCAAGCACUCCGCCCCGGUGAUGAGUUCGGGAGUCACUGCUGCAGCCACCGCUACCGAAGAGCCGAGGCCUGUCCUGCAGAUAAAGAACGGGUCUGUGGUCUCCCUCCAGUCUCCGGGGUCCAGGGCCGGCGGCGGAAGCACAACUCCUUCUGCCUCUUCGGUAGAAGUCAAGAUGGAGCCGGAAGCAGCCUUGGAGGAGAGUGUGCUGCAGUGCCAGGAGAGCCCGGACGCUGCUGCCAAAGCCGUAAAAGGGGCCCUGAACGUGGCUGUCGGUGAUCAGCAGAGGAGGGAGGAAGAAGGGCCCUGGAAAGGCCAGGCUGAGGAGAGUCUCAGAGAAGCCAAAGGCCUCCAGGGCUAUGAUGUUCGAGCAGAGGAUUCUGGGAGAAGCAGCCUCAUAUUGCCCAGCGGACCACCGUCGGUCCAAAAAACACUCCCCUCCCUGCAGGUGACCCUGAACAUGUCCGGCCCUGGAGGCAGCGACAAACUCUAUGCGAAAAGCCCCAGGAAGAGGCUGCCCUCUGUCUUUGCGGACGCCCAGGGCCCUCCGGUCAAGAAGCCCUCAGUGGGGCAGGCCCCUGCUGCUGCUGCUGCUGUGAGUGCAGAAGCCCCCAAGAAAGCCCUGCCGCGGAUGGUGGCCCUGGCCAAGAGCGAUGUCCCGGCCACGCUGCUGCAGGUUCCCGGCAAGGUCAUGAUCAAGGUCCACUCGGCCUCCGCCAGCAACCUGGUGACCUGCCCGCUGGACGCCGACAUCCUCAUCAGCACCAGCGACGCUGCUCUCGGGCAGCAGCUCUCCACUUCCUCUCCGGAUGUCAAGGUCAAGCUGGAAGGCAACGUCUUCGUCCUGGAGAACGCCUCCAAGCCUGACGGGGGAUUUGCCCCCGAAGUGUGGCAGCACCUGGCAAAGGCCUCCACUUUUGCUCCUGUUAACCCUGAACAGCAGCAGAUGCAGACCCAGACCCAGCAACUGCCCCUGCUGCCCCUGCCGCCGCCCGAGGACGAGGAAGAAGACGAGGAGAUCAGCGUCAUGACGCUUGCGGGGCACUCCGUCUCGGACAACCUGCCCAAGUCUGUCUGGGAGCCAGUGCACUUUGAAGGGCUGCAGCCACAGCAAGCGCAGCAACAGUCUCAGCUGCAGCUGCAGCAGACGGAGGAGGAGGUGGCGGUGGCCAUGUAUGGGCAGCCGCUGCAAGGCCAGGGCCACGAUGCCGCCUCGCUCGAGCAGCUCCAGGCCCAGGCCGCCAGUCAGUUGUCCCUGCAGCCUCCGCCAGAGCUGAAGGAGUUUGAGGAUGCCGCCUCCCAGUCCAACGAGAACUACUUCUCCUUUGACGACGAUCUAACGCAGGACAGCAUCGUGGAGGAGCUGGUGCUGAUGGAAGAGCAGAUGUCCAUGGCUGGCUCCCACCUGUACGGCACCUCCUUGGGCAUGGCUCUGCAAAACCAAGGGGCCGCGGCACAGCCGGCAUCCAUGCCCUCCCACGUGGCGGGCAGCACCCACUUCUACCACCCCAUUCACAGCAGCAGCACCCCGGCGCACACCCCGACCCCCACGCCCACGCCCACCCCGACCCCCACGCCGACCUCGGAGCUCAUCACUGGCUCGCAGGGCAUCUCGCGAGAGAGCCCCUGCUCCCGGAUGGCCCCCACCACCCCCGUGGACAGUGCCCUGGGCAGCAGCCGGCACACGCCCAUCGGCACGCCCCACUCCAACUGCAGCAGCAGCGUGCCCCCCAGCCCCGUGGAGUGUCGCAACCCCUUUGCCUUCACACCCAUCAGCGCCAGCGUGGCCUAUCACGAUGCCAGCGUGGUCUCCAGCAGCCCCGUCAAGCCCAUGCAGCGGCCCAUGGCCACCCACCCAGACAAGACCCGCCUGGAGUGGCUGAACGCCGGCUACGGAGGGGGAUCUGUCUCCGGCCACGGCAUCCUGCCCAGCUACCAGGAGCUGGUGGAGGACCGCUUCCGGAAGCCCCACGCCUUUGCCGUCCCGGGCCAGACCUACCAGUCCCAGGUGCGGCACCAUGACACCCAUUUGGGCCGCCUGACCCCCGUGUCCCCCGUCAACAGCGGCAGCAACAAGCAAGAGGGCUUUGCCGUCCCCGCUCCCCUUGACGGCAAGGGCUCCUCCUCUUCCUCCUCCUCCCACAGCAGCAACUUCCGCUGCCGCAGCGUCAGCCCCGCCGUGCACCGCCAGCGCAACCUGAGCGGCAACACGGCCUGCCCGGUGACGGGGCUCUUGCGCUCGGGACUGACGCCCUCCACGCACUUCGGGAGCCCCGUCCCCCCAGAGGCCCUGCACGCCAGCCCUUUCGCCAGCCCCGCAGGAGACGCCAGCAGCGCUGCCGCCGCCAAGACCCUGGCCCAGCGCAGCCAGUCGGUCCCGCUCACGGUCAUGAUGCAGACGGCUCUCCUGCCGCCUCCACCACAGAAGCCGCAGCCCAGCGCCAAGAAGAUCACCAACGUCCUGCUGAGCAAGCUGGACCCGGACAGUGACGAUGCCGUGCGGGGCCUGGGCAUCAACAACCUGCCCUCCAACUACACGGCCCGCAUGAACCUGACGCAGAUUUUGGAAACGUCGGCCGCCUUCCCCGGCAGUCAGGGCUUGCUCAACCCCAGCCCGGCUGUGUUCGACUUUCAGCCGCCCAGUUACCUCAGCAAAGACGACGGCGUUGGCGUGGGAGACCCCGAUGCCCUGGCCUUCUCCUCUGGGGAGCCCCAAGCACAAGCUGCGCCCGGAAGCGAGGCCCAGAUCGACUUCAGCAGCACCGUGAAGGAGCUCCUGGAGGAGGACAGCCUCCAGCCCAGCCAGCAGCUGGUCAGCCAAGUGGCCUCGGACCUCGGGGGCCUUGGCGGUGUUGGCGGCGGACCCUCCGUCUUCUCCAGCGACAUCCGCUUGAGCUCCGACCUCUCCGGCAGCAUCAACGACCUGAACGCGCUGGACACCAACCUGCUCUUCGACCCGGGACCCCACCAGCAGGGCCAGGACGACGAGGCCACGCUGGAGGAGCUGAAGAACGACCCGCUCUUCCAGCAGAUUUGCAACGAGUCCAUCGGCUCCAUGACAUCGGCUGGGUUCGAGUGGAUGGAGAGCAAGGACCACCCGGCCGUGGAGAUGCUGGGCUGACCAGGGAGAGCCCCGCACAGGCGGGAAAGAGGGAUCUAUAAAACAUGUAUGUAGCACACUGUAUCUCAAAGGCAGGCGUAUUGUAUUUGUCUUAAUGGAAGUGCCUCCUGCAGCAGAAAACACUGACUAUGACUCCAUUGUGGCAUUUGGGGGGAAAGAAAAAAACAAAAACAUAACGUUGCUCUACCAGCUGCUUCAUUCUUCAGCAGGGAAUAGAUACGAUCCUCACCGUUUCUGAAGGAUACAGCUUGAUCCAGAGCCAGUAUUAGGUAUUAAGAAUUGAACUUACGGAAGAGCUUUUCUUAUUGUAGCAAAAAGGACGAGGGAGGAAAAAAAGAAGGAAGACGUGGACAGCGAGAGGACUGUCUCAGUUUAGCAAGCCUAAACUGCGCACGAAAGGGCACAGAGCCACUGACGCUGCGGUGGCUGGACGUGGGCGGGCCCUCUUCCGAACGGACGGAGGUCGGCUUCCUCCCAGUGUUUGUUGUUGAAGGGGAGAGUGCCGUCCACACUGAGGUGGGCACGGAGGCCUCUCGCUUGCGUUGGUGAACCUGUGAUGCAGGUAGAAAAGAAAUGAAAUGGAGAGAUCCCAGGAAGCGCACAUGGACACGUGAUAGUGGGGCCAGGCACAAGGAGAGGCUCCCGAGAGGUUUCUGGGGUCCCGCUGUGGCCGCUGCUUUGGCGCUUCAGGGAUCCUGUUGGGAAGGCUUUGUGCUCCGCCGUGGCUCCGUUGUGCGGUAGAGGUGGCGGAGCUCCCUGAGACACCAAUACAUUUUGAAACUCACAACCAACCAAGGGCUAGCAAAGGGGAGGGAGGCAGUCGGGGCAGGAGGAGGAGCGGCAGGCAGGUGGGGCGCCACGGAGGAACCCCUCGGCCUCCUUGGGCGGUGCCUGCCUCCGCCCGCUCAUCUUAGGAGCAUUUCCCGUUGUUCUUGACUUUUAAAGGUUGCUUUUCUAUCUCAGAUUGGAGAGAAAGAGUUCCAUGCCCUGGGGCUUUCCGUGCCCUGUGUGCGUUACGCUCCGCCGCAUGACCAUCCCUGAAGCGAUUGCGGGAGUGGAGGGAUGCCUGGUUUUUCAAUGACUGGUCAGAGUCAGAUUGAGGGGGAGACAGGGCCGAGGUUUUCCCUGACCCUCUGCUCUUGUGAGUGUUUGGGGCAGAAGUGCAGCGGGUAGUGCUUUGCCCUAGAGCCAGCUUUCCCUCCCUACGACUCCUCCUCCUCCUCCUGGGGACUCAACCUGCAGGCUGCUCUGGCCCUGCCCGUGCCUCCUUUUGCCGUCUCCUGCCCAUUGCCAGGGGGCUUGUGCCCUUGGCUGCCUUCGGAAAGAAUAGCACAGGGAAGAAGCCGCAGACUCAAGGUCAACCACCCAGAGCCUUAAUGUGUGCAGAAGGGUCGAUGUGCCGGGGUCUUCUUGGCCCUCCAACGCCCACCUCUCUCUAGCGGGCAGCCCCUUGGCCAUAUUGCUGUAGCCUUUGGCCGCUGCAAAGGCAGGAGAGCCAGCGCAGAGAGCAGGGAGGGGCUCAUUAAGGGCUGCCGGGCUGCCCUUUGUAACGCUCUUGGUGCCAUGGUCGCCAGUGGGCCGCCCAGCAGGAGAGUCCCAGGAAACGGAAGAAACAGUGAAAGGGUUUCCUGCCAGGUUCUCCCACUUCCUUCCAUUUACGGUGCUAGAAUCCCAUCACCCCGGCCCUGGGCCUUGAGCGCUUUAUAAGGAUGCUGGCGGAGGAGCCUCUUCCUCCGGGAGCCCUAGAGAGCAAACCUGGGGAGAGCCCUUGGGUUUGGGGCAGCCGAGAGUGAGUGAGUGAGUGGGAGACAGCUGAGGCUCAUCCUCUCACUUGAGAGCGUGGCCGGCCUUGUCCGGGGCCUCAUUUGGUCAGUUGCAAAAGCCGAAGCCUCUUUCCAAACACAGCCUUAGCCCUGGGGGCAGAAGAGACUCUCCUUUGAGACUAGCAACAUGUGUGGGUGUGGGAAGCAGAGGCACCUUCUUCCCUGGGAAUCUCCUGGUGCUUUUUUUUGGGGGGGGGGGGGUCUCUUGGGGCCUUCCCAGCAGGAUCCCAGUGCUCCCAGCUCUUCCUUGUGUAUGCAAUGCUUUGCAGGCCGUGCUGGGCCUCAGGAGGGGCAGAACCCACUUCCCGGGCCUUGGCUGUGACCACCCACCCAUGGGACUCCCCCACCCCUACCCCCCCCCCAGUUUACAUCCUUGGCUUCCUUUGUGGGUGGGGAGUUGGGCUCAUUUGGGGGGAAGAGAGCACCCCGGCCUUUUGCACUGUGCUCCUGUUGCGACUGUCGGACCGAAAGGCCACCCCUCCGAGGGGGGAAAGACAUUUCAAAAAGAAAGGAAAAGAGGACGUUUCCGAAACGUGUUUUGUUCUUAAGACGACGAGAAAAAGGCGAGCGCGCCGGCCUUGCCUUAUGUAGCAACGUGCAUUUAUCUCAAUGAGAUGGUUCUAUUUCUUGUUCUCUUACCUGAGAAUAUUACAGCAGGAAAAAAAGGUGUUUUGUUUGCCUCACCGUGUGACCCCGACCCCUCCUUGACCUGCAUGGGCCCCUCCUCGGACCCCUGACCACCUUGUACAGUGCUGCGUAGGCCCCUCUUCCUCUCCUUCCCUUCUUCCUCUUUCCUCCUUUUCCUUUCUCCUUUGUUUCCGGCCCUGGUUCUGUGCGGGUUGGACCGUGAAAGCAGAGCCAAAGCACUGAGUUCGUUACAUCUUUAUUUCAGAAAAGCCAACAAGUGUUUACGACUUCUGCUUUGUUAAUUGUUCGACGCGUUCCGAUUCUCGGAUUGAUUUCCUCUCUCUCUUGUGUCGGGAGAGCGAAAAAGGAAACACGGCUUUUGUUUUUCAGGAGAAUCCGCCAAGUAAACAAAUUUGCAAAUCCUUGCAAUAAGCACUGACUUUUGAACUGGACAAAAAAAGAAAGAGGAAGGAAACCGUUUCCCGUGUGAUGAUGAUGAUGAUAAUGAUGAUGAUGAUGCACCUGACGUUCCGAUGAAGUCUUGUACUACUACUCUGAGGAAAGGAGGACCGCCCCUUUAAAAGAAGCCCCGCCCCCUCCCCCCCACCGAUGCACAGUCCGACUCUCCCCGUGUUAUGUUGUCUGUUGUACUGCUGAAAUGACAGUCGUGGGGUAUUGCAGUAGCAUUUCAGUUGGUUUUUUUUAUUGAAAGUGCGCAAACUUUUUUUUAAUGUUUUCAGAAACAAUUAAAAAAAAACAUUUUAUAUUAAA